GAAGAGAAUUCAGUAGGGCUGCUGUGGUUAAGAGGUGGAAAAGUGCUGUCUUGUCCUGUUCUGCUCUGCUGCCUCAGGUGUGUGCUCCUCCCUCCCCUCCGUGGUGCCUGCUGUCAGCUCCAUCCCUGGGCAGCUGAGGCCAUGGUGUUGGUGCUGCAAGCCCUGCUGCCCUGCUUCUGCACCCUGCUCUCCCUGGACCUGCUGCCUGGGGUGGAACCUGCUGUCCCCCUGGAGGACUUCUACCCCUUUGGCCAGGACGAGGGGGACUCCCAGACCAUCGCUCAGGACGAUGGAGGCUCUGGACUGGUGGAGAUCUCUGUCGCUUUCCCCUUCUUUGGUGACAGGCAUGCAGGACUCUAUGUAAACAACAAUGGCCUGGUAUCUUUCCUGAGGGAGGUGUCUCAGUUCACACCAGUAGCUUUUCCGAUUGCUGGGGACCGAAGGGUUGUGGCACCAUUCUGGGCAGAUGUGGACAACCGCCGGGCAGGACAAGUGUUCUAUAGAGAGAGUAUGAAUCCCUUCAUCCUGAAGAGGGCCACAGAUGAUGUCAGGACAUACUUUUCAGAAUUCCCAAACUUCAAUGCAACAUGGAUCCUCAUCUCUACGUGGCACCAAGUUACUUUCUAUGGAGGCAACUCCCUAACACCGGUGAAUACUUUCCAAGUGGUGCUCAUCACAGACGGGGAGCUUUCCUUCACAAUAUUCCAAUACAAUAACAUCACCUGGACCACAGGCAUGCAUGCCAGCAGUGGUGGAGACUUGGCUGGCCUGGGUGGGACUGCAGCACAGGCAGGUUUCAAUGCUGGUGAUGGGAUGCGCUAUUUUAAUAUCCCUGGCUCUCGCACGGAUGAUGUGGUGAAUGUGGAGGGAACCACCAAUGUGGGAUACCCAGGGAGAUGGGUCUUUCGCAUUGAUAACGCACAGGUGGAAGUGGGUGGUUGCAAUGACUCUGCAUCAGUGUGCCCACAUCUCAGACCUUGUCUGAAUGGAGGUCAGUGUAUUGAUGACUGCAUCACAGGCAACCCUUCCUUCACUUGCUCAUGCCUGGCUGGAUUCACCGGUCGAAAAUGCCAGAUUGACGUAAAUGAGUGUGCCUCAAAUCCUUGCCAGAAUGGAGGAACCUGUAAAGACCAGAUUAAUAGCUUCAUCUGUCAGUGUCCACCUGGAUACACCGGAGCUCUGUGUGAAACAGAUAUGGAUGAAUGUGAAUCACAGCCUUGUCUGAAUGGAGAGUGCGUCGAUCAGGUGAACGGCUUCACCUGUAUUUGUCCUGCUGCCUUCACCGGAACGCGCUGUGAGACAGAGUUCAUAGUGCUUCAGGUGAAUUCAAGUCAGGCAGAAAAUCAAACAGUAUCAUGUGAAGGAGAAGAUUGUGAAAAGCACCAGAUUUGCGAGUACACCAGUCCUGGAUUCUACAACUGUACAUGCACUCCGGGCUACUAUGGUGACAAGUGUGAAGAUGAGUGUCCAUGUCAGAAUGGUGGUGUCUGUGUGGACAUCAAUGGGACCUGUGAAUGCCCAACAGGUUACACAGGCCUCUACUGUCAGUUUGAGGUAACCCAGACGCCAUGCAGUAACAGCAGGCCGUGUCCUGAUGGAGGACCUUGUCUGGAAUAUGGAGGGACCUACCUAUGUACAUGCCAGACGAGCGGAGCAGAGCUAGAUCACAAAGACUUCUACCCCUAUGUACAGCCCCGAUCGAUCUGCGACUCCUCUCCGUGUCUGAAUGGGGGAUACUGCUAUGAGCGGGAUGGAGGCUACACCUGUGAAUGCAAGCAUGGAUACUGGGGGAAGCACUGCGAGAAAGUUAAACUCAAUAUCUGUGCUUCUGGUCCCUGCCGCAAUGGCGGCUCCUGUAAGGAAGAGGCAGGGAGCUACCGAUGUGUGUGUCCCUACAGGUUCACAGGAAAGCACUGUGAAGUGGGGAAACCAGACCCCUGUGCCUCCAGCCCCUGUGUGAAUGGGGGAACAUGUUUUCACUACAUAGGAAAAUAUAAGUGUGAGUGUACUGAGGCUUUCAGUGGCAGGCACUGUGAGAUAAGUCGGACCUCUGCACAUUCCUCAGCAGAGACAGGCUGUGGGCCACCACCACAGGUGAAGCAUGCUGAGGUCCAGUUCUCAUCCACACUACCAGGCUCCAUGGCCAUUUAUAUGUGCUAUUCAGGCUUCAAGCCUGUGCCCAGAGCCACCCAGAGCAUCUGUGGUAUUCAGGGAGCAUGGAGCCAGCCACCCGUCUGUGAGGAGGUCAAUGAGUGCUUCUCACAGCCUUGCCUUAAUGGGGGUACGUGUCGGGACCGGGUAGCAUCAUACCUGUGUGAAUGCAAUGACGGCUUUACUGGGAACCGCUGUCAGACAGACAUAGAUGAAUGUCAGUCAGAGCCUUGCAAGCAUGGGGGAACCUGUGAGGACCAGCCUGGCUCCUACUUAUGUCAUUGUCAGCAAGGGUUCAAAGGCCAGAACUGUGAGCUAGAGCAGGAUGGCUGCGACUCCAACCCCUGUUUAAAUGGAGGUGUGUGUCGUGGUUACAGAUGGAAUUACCUGUGUGUGUGCAAAGAGGGUUUCUUUGGGGACCAAUGCCAGAUGUUGGAGAAUCCUUGUGUACUGCAGCCUUGUGGAAACCGCGGCCAGUGCAGAAGUGACGGGAAAGGAAACUACAAUUGUGCUUGCAGAAUAGGACACACUGGCAAGGACUGUGAGAAAGACCUGUUGCCUCCUUCUGGUCUCCAUGUGUUGCGUGUGGAAGAGAACGAGGUGGAACUACGCUGGGAUGAGCCGGAGCCUUCCCAUAACCUGGUCCAUGGCUUUGCUGUCACCUAUGCCCCCCUGGGCUGGGGAAACCGCAAAACUGACUUCCUCGAAAGACAUCAGUCCACCCAUGUUCUGCGGGGUCUGGUGCCUGGCCUGCUCUACAAUAUCUCAACCUUCUCUAUUAAAAGAAACACCAACAGCAAUGACAUUAGCCAGCCUGCUGUCGCACUGAUUCGCACCAGACCCCGGCGGAUAGAGCAGCUGCAGGUGGUGAAUGUGUCCUCCUCUCAGGUUUGGCUACAAUGGCAAGUUCAGGCAGCUCGUCAUGCAGCAGUCAGCCAGCUGCGUGUGUCUCUAGUUCCAUCAGAUGGUAGUGGGGCCCGCACUGCCGUGCUCAACACAAGCACCACUGAGUAUACUUUCAGCUCUUUGCUUCCUGGUCAGUUGUACACUGUGGAUGUGUUGGCUCAAAGCGGAAUCAGACCAGAUGAGUUCCCCUCCACAAGCCAUUCAGCUGGACCUCUGCAAAUCUGGACGAGGCCACUCCCUCCACAGAACCUGUCCCUGUCACAUGUUACCACCAACUCAGCCCUGAUCACCUGGAGCCGCCACCCUAGAAACAUCCCAGAUGGCUUUGUGGUGAAUGUGACUCGAGGGUUGAAUACCAGGAGUCGUUUCUUAUCCAACGGGAAGUUAGGAUCAUAUACCCUGCGUGAACUGACCCCAGGACAGCACUACUACCUGGCUCUAACGGCCGUCAAGAACACAGGGCAGGAACAGAUCCACAGUAUACCUCAACAUUUAGCCUUCACUACCUUGCCAAUGGAUGCCCGAAAAAGAGAUAAAACAAAAGGGAUGAGACAGGGGUCCCAUGUCAGUCGCACACGUGCCCAAUCAAAACCUCAGGACCAAGGAGGUGCAGCAGAGACAGAGAACUCUGAGGAACUGCCCAGAUACACAGAACUUAUUGACAGAAGGGGAAAGAUAACGGCUCAGUUCACCAACAUGCCCAGAAAAGCCAUUCGACAUCGUGCCAAACCUGACCCUCCAAUCAGGUUAGAGAGGAUGGAGGAAACAACAAAUAAAAUCAGCCUUGCAUUAGAGAUGCAAGAGGAAGUCUUAAGGACAAAGUCUGAGUUGCCACGGGACUGCCGCAGUCUUCCCUGUCAGAAUGGGGGUACAUGUGUUACGGGGAGUGACUCUUUCAUCUGCGACUGCGUGGCUGGGUUCAAGGGCAGACUAUGUGAACUAUUGUGCGAGCGAGUCCCACACCCUUGUACCCGUCUCUACUCUGAAACAAAGAGUGUGCCUGUCUGGGAGGGUGGAGUGUGCCAUUACUUGUACAAAAGGACUUACAAAGUGCAGCAGGAUGUUUGUUACCGAGAGAUUUGCAAACCAUUGUUUCCCAAGAAAAAUCUGAAGCACUCGGAUAGCGAUGAAAGCAGCAUUGCUGUGGCAUGAAACCUCACAACUUCACUUCUGGUGUUUUUAAUUUACUUGAAUUGAAAUAUGAUUAUGGUAAUUGACAUGCACAGCAAGUUUUGUGACCCUAUGAUCCAUGAAACCCUUUCAGAGCCCACUGUAUACUUUCUAAAAAUGGAUUGUCAUCAAUCUGGGGGAACAAAUGCAUUUGUUAUUACUGAAAGUUGGCAUUUUGGAGAUAAAAUAUUUUCAUCUGUCAGUGGCAGUAUCUUUGACAUAAGGUAGCCCCACUGUAGCUACAAGCUUCACAAAGACCUCAAACAAACAAAUGACCUUUUAUAAAAUGGAGCAUGCAUUCAAGUCAUCUGUCAGGUGGUGCAAACUCAUAAUAAUGUUGAAUUAGGGAUUUUCACAAAACAUGUCUGGCCAAAAUUAAUGGUAAGCUAUCCGCUGUAGUGUGUCCUGCAUCAAGUACCUUAUAUACCUCAUAUCCAAGUCCAUGCUGAUGCAUUAGAAUUUUUCUUAAAUUUAGUUGCAGCAUUUGUCCCUCAGGGAAACUUGUGCAAGACUGUCCCAGACACCUUCAGCUCUCUUACAUCAUCACCAUACAAUAAAGGAUAAAAACAAACAAAAAAAUGAAAUUUUUACAUAGCCCAUAAAUUCCUCUGCUCCUUCAAGUGAAUGGUCAGACAAUAUUCCUUGAAAAUUUUGUGUAUAUUAUCAUCUUCCUUGUCUCUUAGCAAGCAUCACUGCUAGCUAUUGUGUAAAUAGUGUUCAUAGGCUUUUUGUAGGUGAAUAUUUUAAUAAUAAAAUGUUAAAAUUGUAUUGUUUUUUCUGAUGUCUUCUUUUGUGGCCGAUACAUGCCACUAGUAUGCGAAAGCAUCUGGGAGUAUGUUUUCAAAAUGGAAACAAGUAAUCAACAUUGUAGGCCUGACAAUAUCACUAUUUUCAGUGUGUUCCAUUGUGGACCUACUCAUAGUUAUCGUUGUCUUUGUCACAUGCUGAAAUAAAAUUUUGU